CAAACUGAGAAUAAUUAUGGAUACUGAUAAAUAUUUACUGAACUUUAGAGGAUACAAUUUACAACGUACUGCGGUUGAUAUUGAACAACUAGAACAUCUUAAGGAUUUUGAAAUUAGAGAUGAUGAUGUCUUCGUAACUACAUAUCUCAAAUCUGGUACCAUCUGGACUCAGCAGAUAUUAAGCUUGAUUUAUUUUGAGGAUUAUCGUAAACAAACUCGAAAGAUGAAAACAGCUGAAUUAGUCCCCUAUCUAGAAUACAGCACUCACAGAAUAGACUUCCUCCGAAGACCAUCACCUCGCCUUUUUAGUACUCAUCUACCAUAUUAUUUGGUACCAAAUGGUCUCAAGAACAAAAAAGCAAAAAUUGUUUACAUCUACAGAAAUCCUAAGGAUGUUAUCACCUCAUAUUUUCAUUUUUCAAAUUUUUUGGAAGCUUUUGAAACAUCAAAAAAUUUUGAUGAUUUCAUUCAGAAAUUUCUAGAUGGAAAAGUGGUAGGAAGCCUUUGGUUUGAUCACAUCAAAGGUUGGUAUGAACACAGAGAAAAUUUUAAUAUUUUGUUUAUGUCAUAUGAAGAGAUGAAGAAGGAUCUCAGAAGUGCUGUGCAAAAAUUCUGUCAGUUUCUUGGGAAAGAACUCAGUGAAGGUGACAUAGAUGCUGUUGUGAAGCAAGCUACAUUUAAGAACAUGAAAUCUGAUCCACGAGCAAAUUAUAAUGAUAUACUCAAAAAUGAAUUUGGGAUAAAAAACAAAGAUGGGGGUUUCUUGCGCAAAGGUACCAUUGGUGACUGGAAAAAUUAUUUCACUGUGAAUCAAAGUGAGAGCUUCGACAUGCUGUUCCAAAAGAAGAUGAAAGAUAUUCCAUUGAAGUUCAUCUGGGAUAUAAAUGAGAAGUAGAAUCAGUGAAAAAUAUAAUAUAAAAAUAUACUAUCACACAAUACAUUUUUCAUAUACAUCAUGAAUUCUGCUAAUUAUAAAAUAUAUUUAUAAAAGUUGAUUAAU